GGAGGAGCUUCAUCUGUCGAGAUGCGCACAGCUGUGGCUUCGCUGGACUGAACAUGUGAGAUGAUGACGGACUGAAUUUGACAUUUUUAAAUUGAAUUCAGUCUUGCACUCUUGUGAGAGAUUGUUGUGAAUCCGGAGUGAAAUGACGCGUCUCCUGCGCGCACCGCUUGGCGUCCUGUGCGUGUUUCUGUGGACGUGCUGCUUGAACGCGUCUGACGCGUCUGACGCUGAGGAUUGUCCAGAGAAUAAGAUCCUGACCGUGGAGUAUCCGUGUACGAGAGCUGGAGGUCAGAGAGGUCGCUGUCUCAGGAGGAAGUGCUGUGAAGGCUUCAGGUUUGUGAUGGGUCAGUGUGUGCCAGAAAGUCUGGACGUGUGCGGCGGGUCUCUCUGUGAGCAGCAGUGCACUGAUAACUUCGGUCGUGUGUUGUGCACGUGUUUCGAGGGUUAUCGCUUCGACCGAGAGCGACACCGGCAGCACCUGCAGCCGUACUGCAUCGAUGUGGACGAGUGUGAGGAAUCGAACAGCAGCGCUUGUGAACACGUGUGUGAAAACACUCCGGGAAGUUUCCGCUGCCGCUGUAACGCUGGGUUCACACUGACUCCAGAUCAGCGCUCCUGCGCUCCUGAACACAACCUGAGCUCCUCCAGUAAGUCUGAGACUCAGAUGAGCUCUGGAUGGUGUUCUCUCAGCUGUCAGGACUUCAUCAACAUGAGGAGCAGCUUACUGCAGAUUAGACACCUGCUGGAACACACACAGGGUUCGUCUCCCAGUCUGGAUAAUAACAGCCACAAACCGGCUCACGGGAUAAAUCCUGAGAGUCACACCAGCUCUGGACCACGAGGACCUCCUGGUCUACCAGGUGACCCGGGUGAGCGAGGGCCAGCGGGGCCCCAGGGGCCCAGAGGAGACAUGGGUCCAAUGGGGCCACAGCCGGAUCUUCAGCACAUAAAGACGGGCAGACGGGGACCGGUGGGACGGCCAGGAGCGCCUGGUAAAGACGGACAGAAGGGUGACAGAGGUUAUCCUGGACCCAGAGGAUCUCCAGGGCCUCCAGGGUCGUUUGACUUCCUGUUACUGAUGAUGGCAGAUAUCCGUCAUGACAUCAUCGAGCUGCAGCAGCGAGUGUUUGGGAAGAGGCGUGGCCUUUCGGUGAACACACCCCUUCUCUCCAGCGGAGAGGCGGAGCUUGAGGAGUGGGCGUCAGGAGAGGGAGAGCUGAUCCCGAACACAUGAUGCUGGAAUAACUGCUGCGUCACGCUGCAUCAACCCAAAACAGACGAAUCUGAGCAGGUAGAGUCCAGCAGCGGCUGCUUCAGAUGAGGAGCACAUGCAUUAUAAAAUCAUCAGUUCAAAUGACAUGCAUAAUAAAUGCUGUACCUGAGGUCACUUGAUCAGUGGGACGAAAAGACUCAAGAUGAUGCUUGGAAGACAAACGUGUGUCUGAGAAUUAACUGGAACGGGUAGAGAUUUGAAUACUCCUCUUUUAGCAGUGCACACUCUGUAUAGAACAUCAGAUGCUGUAUCCCUCAACUUGACUUUCUAUUAUCUGUGUGAUGAAUGAACCAAAAGAAAUAACAGCUGUGAUUAUUAAUUUCUCUCUC